GUGCUGCAGGAAGUCACGCACGAGUUUCAGCUCUACGAAGCUGCUUUGUGCAGCAACGAUGUGAAGGCACUUGACAGUUUCUUUUUUGACAAUCCAUGCACUGUGCGCCUUGGCACGGCGGAGAAUCUUUAUGGCUAUGAGGCCAUUCGAGCCUUUCGGAAGCUCCGAUCUCCACCUGGUGACCGCAGGAUUCUGAAGUCGGUCAUCACCACCUAUGGAUCCGACUUCGCGGUCGCCAAUGUUGAGUUUCAACGUGAUGGCAGCUCCAAGGUUGGAAGGCAGUCGCAGACGUGGCUGCGAACUCCUGCUGGGUGGAAAGUCGUCUCUGCGCAUGUCUCGAUGAUGGAAGAAUGA